CUCGCCGCUAAUUGGAGAAAAGCGAAGGGGCGGUCCCGGGAGAGCUGUCGGCGGAAGUGACGCCACGAGGGGUCAAGGGGCGGGAUGCCUGCCGAGAGCAAGAUGGCGGACAAGGAGAAGAAGAAGAAGGAGAGCAUUUUGGACCUCUCGAAGUACAUCGACAAAACCAUCCGCGUGAAGUUCCAGGGGGGACGGGAAGCCAGCGGUGUCCUGAAAGGGUUUGAUCCUCUUCUCAACCUGGUAUUGGAUGGCACCGUGGAGUACAUGCGGGAUCCGGAUGAUCAGUACAAGCUCACGGAAGACACGCGCCAGCUUGGGCUGGUCGUCUGCAGAGGGACCUCCGUGGUCCUCAUCUGCCCACAGGACGGGAUGGAAGCUAUACCGAACCCCUUCAUUCAACAGCAAGACGGCUAACCUGUCUGUGGGCUGCUGUUCAAACCUUAGGAGGACUGGAAUGUGGUUGUCCUGAAAAGAAGCCUCUUUUGCAAGAGAAUUUUUUUUUUAAUGCUCAUUUUAUAUAGGAGAAGGACCUUAAAACAUUUUUUUUACAUUGUGUGGCGCCGUACAUUGGCCAGGAAAAAGCCUUGCGAUGAGGUGAUGUCUUUUGUCUUCGGCGGGUUUAGAGCAUCUUCCUGCUGUAAAUAAUUGAAAGCACAUAAGAGGGUUCAGUAAAAUACUACAGACUAUUUUUGGCGGUUCGUGUUCCUUUACUCCCUGGAUGAACACUGCAGUUCCUCCCUGGUUUGGUCCCGUUUCACCAGGCCUUCGUCUUUGUCUGCUGAUAGCUUUGUGCUGCUUUCUCAGGACGAAGUGUAGGACAGCUGAAUAGAAGCCAUGUGAACUUUUUUCAUAAGAACGUGAAGAAAUGGUGAUGGAGAUUUGUGUAGUUCAUCAGCUUCAAGGGAUGUGUUCAUUUUCUUUUGCUUUCCUCACUGGAGGAGGAGAGUUUCUGAGUUGACAAAUAAUAAAACACAUCCUGAACCUUC